UCGCUACGAUCGACCGUCAAGCGACAACCGGACCAGACGCCAUGGAUAUGCGUGCGAUCGUUGUCCUGUUCCUUUUCUGCUGCAUUUCUGGCCUAUAUGCCUCUUUUCCAGGAGCCUCGUUCCCGUUCAAGCCUUACUGCUUGGCCUGUGUGCCUAGCAAUUGCGGCAGGCCCCGCGACCCCUGGGACCUGCUGCCCGGACGCACAUAUGGCGGCUCGAACUCCACCAGGGGGCGUUACCCGUGGCACGCCAUAGUAUAUGCUGAUGGUCAACCCAUUGGUGGUGGAGCCCUGGUGUCCUGCAACUUCGUCCUCACCACGGCCUACCUCGUUCAAGACUAUCGCCCAACUCGGCUUCAGGUUAAGCUCGGCAAGACUGACCUGGACAAGGAAUCUCCCACGGAAAGCACUUACGCCGUGUACCAGCGUGUGCUGCAUCCCCGCUGGGACCCUGAGCGUGACCUGUACAGCUAUGACCUGGCCCUCCUCCAACUCGAGCGUGUGGUGGACUUUCCUUCAGCCAACGGCUACAUCAACACCAUCUGUCUGCCUGAGCCCCGCGUCGACGCCCAGGGCUGGCUUACGCUCACCAGCUUCGGAUACGACCAGCAAGGCCGCCGCAACCGCCUGAUGCAAGAGGUCAACAUCCUGAAGCUCCGCGGUGACCAGUGUCCGCUGUUCAGGAACAAGCCGUACGCCUUUUGUGGAGUGGGCCAGAAAUCCGGCAUCUGCACGGGCGAUCGCGGCUCCCCCGUGGUACAGAUGGCCCCGACUGGAGAAUUCACCCUGGUGGGAGUCGCUAACGACUACCAGUGCCAACCGGGAGGCACCGACGUCUACACGCAGAUUUCCUACUUCCUCAAUUUCGUCUGCAACAUCCCCGUCGAGGUUUAGGACGAGCUCACGGCCCGCAGCGGCUGAACCCAGCAUCUUCAUUUCUGCACCGUCACUUCGCUUGUACAUAGCUCAUCCGGCGCAUCACGCGCUGUCAUAUCUUUCUCAUUGCAAGCCAUUGUAGACGACACAAGGGUUCACAGAUCGCUGUAACUUCCAGUGAUGGGUCAAUAAAACAUCUCUGCUGUGUA